AUGUCAAUAGCGAUGGAAUCAACGUCAUCCUCACAUUUCGCCGGAGGUGGAGGUCUGCUGACAAGUCAACAGUCCGCUUCAUCGUCCUCGCUGGAUACGGCCACGAAUCAGAACUCAAUUCCAGCAUCGAACACACCUUCACCACAACCAAACAUCAUCGAUUCCACCACCAAUAACGAUAUUUCCGCAAAUCUAUCGGCUAUUUUGAAUGCAGCCAAGAACAGUUCUGUGAAUUUGGUGAAUGCUAGACAACAAUCGCCUACAUCCUCAUUGACUGAAACAAAUACAUUUGAAAAAGAAAUUGAGGCUCAACAAAAGGCUUUCCAAAGGUUCACGUCUUCUCUAAAUGAUCUCGGUUUUCGUUCUCCAUUCCCGGUGAAUGUGAUACCCCCGUUUCUGGCCGCACUGCAACAUCAGAAUCCCUUAUCGAUCCACAGUCAUCUGAUGAAUAAUCUCUCGAAUGAUCCCAGCACUGCAACAUCGGCUGCAGCCGCAGCGAUAACCUCGUCGAUACUCAACAAUAAUUGUAUCCUCUCACCGAACGGUCUUGAUGAUGAGGACGAUGAGAACGAUAACGAAAAUGACAAUGACUCGGACAAUAUUCCGUCCACUGAACCUGAAGAUCUUACUAUCGGAUUCCGAAAAGAGAAAAAAGAGAAUCUGGAUGAUAAUGCAGACUCAGAGGCAAGCGCCCAACAGAAUUGGUCAUACGAAGAGCAAUUCAAACAGAGUUUAGUAAUGUGGAGUUUCACGUUUCCCCAAUUCGAUUCAAAUUACACGUAA